AUGUCCAUAAUUUUAUGCUCCUGGUUCCAGAGAAUUGUGACUUCCAGUAGCAGCGAUUAUGAGUAUAGUUAUUCCUCCAGCUCUUCCAUCGAGGAUUUCAAAGCUUCUGCAGCCAAAUCGAAAACUAAGGCAAAUCACACUGAGGGGUCAAAGCCUAACAUUCCCCUUAAUGACCGGAGAGUCACUUAUGCUGAGCUUAUGAAGAGAAAAGCCGAGGAUGAUGAGGCGGACGACCGUCGGCAUAAAAAGGAUCGAACCCGGCGCCGAAUACUAGCGGCUGAGGAAAGACAUCGAUUUGCUGACGGUGUACCUUCCGACUCUGAUGCUUCAGAAGAUGAACCAGUGUGGGCGCCAGGGGAUCGCAAGAUUAAGCCAGAUCAUCGUACCAAAGAACUCAUAGAUAUUGCGAAACGAGUAGAGGAUGAAGUGGAAGAGGACUCGGACGAUCCUAAUAUUCAUCAAGACUUCAUCAAUGGCCCUGAUAGUGACUUCGACGAAGAAGAGGAUUCUGAGAAGGAUAAUGAUGAUGAAUCUGAUAAAUCCGACAACUUCCACGACCACCACCUUCAUCUCUUCACGCCACCAGGGAGGAGCAGAGAGAUUUUCGCCGGAGCAAAAUUGGUGACUUCCAGUAGCAGCGAUUAUGAUUAUAGUUAUUCCUCCAUCUCUUCCGACGAGGAUUUCAAAGAUUCUGCAGCCAAAUCGAAAACUAAGACAAAUCACGCUGAGGGGGCAAAGCUUAACAUUCCCCUUAAUGAACGUAGAGUCACUUAUGCUGAGCUUAUGAAGAGAAAAGCCGAGGAUGAUGAGGCGGACGACCAUCGUCGUAGAAAGGAUCGAACCCGGCGCCGAAUACAAGCGGUUGAGGAAAGACGUCGAAUUGAUGACGGUGUACCUUCCGACUCUGAUGCUUCAUAA